ACUCCUUAAGGAAGGAACAAGCUGACCAGAGAAGACACUGAUCAAUAAUAGGCAUUUUCGUGGUCUUUUUAAUGUUUUCUGCUGUGAAACGUUUCAAGGGUUAUUGAUUUUUCCCCCCAUUUUCCCAUCUCUCUUCCUUAAACACACACCCACACAUACCUACUCUCCCCCCCCCGCCUCCCCGUUUCUCUCUUUCUCUCCCACGAAUACACACUUUUUGUCUGCCAUAAUGAACCGUCCAGCCCCUGUGGAGAUCUCUUAUGAGAACAUGCGUUUUCUGAUUACCCACAAUCCUACCAAUGCAACACUCAACAAGUUCACGGAGGAACUUAAGAAGUAUGGUGUGACAACUUUGGUCCGCGUUUGUGAUGCUACGUAUGAUAAAGCUCCAGUUGAAAAAGAAGGAAUCCAGGUUCUAGACUGGCCAUUUGAUGAUGGAGCUCCACCUCCUAAUCAGAUAGUAGAUGAUUGGCUAAACCUAUUAAAAAGCAAAUUUCGAGAAGAGCCGGGUUGCUGCAUUGCUGUGCACUGUGUUGCAGGACUGGGAAGGGCACCUGUGCUGGUUGCACUUGCUUUGAUUGAAUGUGGAAUGAAGUAUGAAGAUGCAGUUCAGUUUAUACGACAAAAAAGAAGGGGAGCAUUCAAUUCUAAACAGCUGCUUUACCUUGAGAAGUACCGACCUAAGAUGCGAUUACGCUUCAGAGAUACCAAUGGGCAUUGCUGUGUUCAGUAGAGAAAAAGCCGAAUUUGAUUGUGGUUUUUUUUUUUGUUUUUUUUUUGUGUGUGUGUGUGGGAACUCUUGGUACCUGGAAAUGUGAAUCUGGAAUCUAUGUCAUCAAAGUAGUGAUGGGAGUCAGUGCUCCUUAACCUCUGUCCUAAUGUUUUAAAAACAAAACAAAACAAAAAGAAAACCCUCUGUGAUGUGAGUAAUAAAAAGUUUAAAGAGAGAGAAGGGAAAAAAGGAUGAAUUCAGUGAAGGAUGAUUUUCUCUCAGUGUUGCAGUUUGAAUUUCUGCCAGGAGUGAAUCAUUUCUCAACCUCCUGUAUUUUUUAACUUUUUUCAAAAUGGGGUCUCUAAGGAAAACCAGCAGAACAUUGGCCUGUGCAAAAACCAUCUGUUUGGGGAACACACCUGACAGUUAGGCCUGGCCCAUCCACCUCUCUGUGGCAUUUCCUCUCUGGUUAUCUUUCCCUCGUCCCCCGUGUGUGUGUGUGUCUGUGUGCUCAAGUGCAUGUGUGUGUAUGGACAGAGGCGAGGAGGAGCCCUGGGUGCUGUGGGUGUGUACAGUCUGACAGCCUUAAGCCCAACUGGGCACUUUGAGAAAUAACAGUGGCAUUGGUGUUCUGUGGCCCAGGGGAUUGGUUCUUAGUCUUGAAUAACAAGGAGAUGUUCUUUUUAGUCUUUCUUUUCUUUAAAAUUCAACCUACCAUUAGGCAGAGCAGCCAAGGAACCCUUUUUUUGGGGGGGAGGGCAGGGUUUGAAGGUUGGGUUUUUUGUUUUGUGUUGAUUUUGUUUUUGUUUUGUAAUUGAGGUGGGGGUAGUAUUAAGAGGAGUAUAUCUUCUGUUAUGUGUGCAUUCAUACUUGUCCAAAGAACUUAGCUAAAAGAUGAACUGUUUCCUUCUAUUGCCUAAGUAAGAAUAUGGAGCAAAAGCUAAGUGGAUUGUGGGAAGAUGAACUUUUUUGCUAGGUGGGAGGAAAGGCCUCCCUCUUCCGAGUCAGACUGGUCCUCUUCCUCCAGAGGCCCUUCCAGGCAGGGAGUUAGCAUGCUUUUUUCCUACCCAUUACAGACAUGCCAGCUGUAGCCAUUUUUCAGACUUGAUGUCGGACAGUGUCAGAGCCCACCAGUGGUUUGAAAUGCCUGUUUCAAGACUAGUUUGUGUAUUGUGGGUGAGUUUUCAUGGAUAGUCAGAGUAGACGGUCCACAAUUGUGGACUUGAGAAUAACUAAAUGCCUGGUGUGGGUAUUCCCAAACUGGCCCUUGUGUACAGUUUCAGUUUAACCACUGAUUGCCUUGUUCUUUUCUUACUCGAUUCUUUUUGAGAUUAAAAUCACUGGUUCAAAACCAGCAAUGCCUGUUGAGUGUUUCGUCCACAGGCCAUGGCAGGGUAGAGAAGAGGCCUUGAAUGAAUCAGAGCCUAAGGAAUCUGGAGUGGGGUGCUUGUGGAUCAGUGUAGCAUUAUUUGUGGAGAGUCCUUGCUGGGUUCCAUGUGCUCAUCUGGACUUCCUGCUCCUUCCCAGGCAACAGCUCUAGCCAGGCUGAUUUGAUAGUACAGUGGGAGAGCCCUGACUAGAGCCCUCGUACUUUUUCACCUCAAGUUGCAUAUGUAACAUUGUUCCACUUCUGAGGCUUGAGAUAUAGGCUUACGGUCACCUUGUCCUGCUGUGUCUUGCUGUGCAGAGCCAAAAACUUUUCAUUUGUUUAGAGCGGCUGGGUCAGUGGGAAUGGACUGGCCGGUACCUUGACUCACAGUGAUACCUCAGAUGCCGGCUAUGUGAACUGCCUCUUUUCUUGUUCCCAGAGUUCUGUUUUGGUUGUUA